GUCAAUCAGUGUAAGCGAGGUCAAACACGCGCAAAUCUAUCUCUAAUCAUUGUCGCACAAUAUGUGUAUUCGUGAAAGUGGUUCUGUCUGAAAAGUUAAUGUAAUGGCCGCCACAGUAUAUUUAUUUCAAAUUUGUUUUUUCCUUUGCUUGUCAGCAUUUGCAGAAUCAUCAUGUUGCAGUGAUAGAUGGACGGCGUUCCAAGGGUCAUGCUAUUUGUUUGCACAUGGAGGAAAACUAUCGUUCUAUGAGGCUGAGCAUUACUGCAAUCAACAUGGUGGAAAUCUUGUACACAUAGAUAAUGAAGCUGAAAAUUUGUUCAUCAAGGAUUAUCUGCGAUCUAUCAAAGCUGAUCACACAUGGAUAGGUCUGACAGAUGAAGGUUCAGAAGGAUUGUGGGAAUGGUACGACACGCACACAUCGCCUUCAUUUACUGACUCGUACCCAGGAGAGCCAAAUGCAUUGGAGGGUGACGAAGAUUGCGUUUGUGUCGAUGCUUGGCAUGACUAUCGCUGGUUUGGUCAUUUGUGCUCGCUGCAGAAAGCACCACUGUGCGAAUCGACUGGCUACGUUAGCAUAGUUGGCUGAUCACUGAAUUGUUUGCAAUGUUUUGUUGUAAAAUAGUUAUUAAAAGAUAUCAAUGAAAA